AUGUUAAUAUUUUUUUUUUUUUCAAUAAGAAUUUUAAUUAUAAGAUUUAAUAAAAAAAUUUUUUGAAUGGUUCAAAAUUUUAUUUUUUUAUUAUUUUUUUUAUUUAUAAUUAUAAUAAUAAAUUGUAAUUUUUUUCCUACAAAAAUUUCUUAUUUUUUAGGAUUAGAUAUUUUAUCCUAUGGAUUAAUUUUAUUAAGAUUAUGAAUUACUUCCUUAAUAUUUAUAUCUAGAGAAAAAAUUUAUAAAUACAAUAAUAAAUUAAAUUAUUUUAUUUUUAUAGUAAUUUUUCUUAUAUUAACUUUAAUUUUAACUUUUUCUUCAUUAAAUUUAUUUUUAUUUUAUUUUUUUUUUGAAAGAAGAUUAAUUCCAACCUUUUUUUUAAUUUUAGGGUGAGGAUAUCAACCUGAACGAUUACAAGCUGGGUUUUAUUUGAUAUUUUAUACAUUAUUUGCUUCUUUACCUUUAUUAAUAACUUUAUUAUAUUGUCAGAAUAAUUUAAAUUCAUUAAGUUACUUUAUAUUAUUUAAAGAUUAUAAAUUUAGAUUAUUAUAUUUUAGAUUAAUUAUAGCUUUUUUAGUAAAAAUACCAAUAUUUUUUGUUCAUUUAUGAUUAUUAAAAGCUCAUGUAGAAGCUCCUGUUUCAGGAUCAAUAAUUUUAGCUGGAGUUUUAUUAAAAUUAGGGGGUUAUGGAUUAUUUCGAAUUUAUAUUUUAAUUCAAUCUUUAUCAAUAAAAUAUAAUAUUAUAUUUUAUGUAAUUUCAUUAAUUGGUGGGAUAUUAAUUAGAUUAAUAUGUUUAAUACAAGUAGAUAUAAAAGCUUUAAUUGCUUAUUCUUCUGUAGCUCACAUAGGAAUUGCAAUUAGUGGAUUAAUAACUCUUUCUAUUUGAGGAUUUAUAGGUUCUUAUAUUUUAAUAAUUGGACAUGGUUUAUGUUCUUCAGGGUUGUUUUGUUUAUCAAAUAUUAUUUAUGAACGAACAAGAAGACGAAGUUUAUUUAUUAAUAAAGGAUUAAUAAAUUUUAUCCCAAGAAUUUCUAUAUGAUGAUUUUUAUUAAGAAUUAGAAAUAUAGCUGCACCUCCAUCUUUAAAUUUAAUAGGUGAAAUUUUUUUAUUAACUUCAAUUAUUAACUGAUCUUGAUUAAGAAUAUUUUUUAUUUCUUUAAUAACUUUUUUAGGGGGGGCAUAUUCAAUUUAUUUAUAUUGUAGAAAUCAACACGGUAAUUUAAAUUCAUUAAUAUUAAAUUAUAAUAUUUCUACUGUUCGAGAAAAUUUAGUUUUAAUAUUACAUUGGUUACCUUUAAACUUACUUAUUUUAAAACCUGAUUUUUGUAUAUUUUGAAUUUAA